GAGUUUGUUUAUGGUAGGCGUCCUCAUCCUCUGCACAGCGUGCUGGCGCGAGUGGAACCCGUCUAUUUUUAGCCCACGAAAUCUUCCACCCCCUCAUUCGGUUGGCUCUGGUGCGAGGGUGAUCGAACGUACGAUUUUGUUUGUAUAUUUGUUUACUGUCUGUCACUGACUCACAACUUAACCCUAACCCUCCUCAAUCCUUCACCUGUUGGAGGACUGGGGAGUGUUAGGGUUAAUUGACUUUCCAGACGAUAUUUGUGCGUUCUACAUCGUAAAACCUCACCGGUUAGAAACCUCCAUUGUAGAUAGGGUACAAGGAAAACGUUCCGUUUUAUGAAAACUUGUAUAAAAUCUACACCCUUUGAAAACGGUCGUUUGCAGGAGACCUCAUCCCAAAUCGUGUUUGUAUCGAGUACCUUAAAAUUACCAAAAAUAAAAGGUGCUAUAGGUUUGUUUGACUUCCUAGUCAACUUUGGCAUUAAGAAGAAGUGAAACAGUGGAACUUGUACCAAGUCGGCCGUAAUUCGUAAUACGUAAAGGCCUACGUAUAACAAUUUUGAAAUAAUUCGUAUAAUUAGGUCAUUUCUGGCCAGUUAAGUUGGGUAUAAGCAGUCAGAAGGUUUGCGGAUAUAGGAUUUUUGAAAGGAAGGAUCGAGGUUUUGAAAUUAAGUUUUUAUUUUAAGGCAUUGUGUUGUUGAAGUCAACAUAGGUCUAUUAUGUAAUCUUGCACUUUAUCCCAGAACAGAACAUUUUUGAAUUGUCUCUUAUAAUUACAUUUAUGUCUAUUUGAGCAAAUUACGAACAUUAGUCUAGGCGGUGGGAGGAGCCACGCAAUCACUCCCCUCUCUGAACCUACCCCCUGAUGCCCUCUUGAAAUUCUUAUCUGGUUACUAAGGUAAUUACACACAAAAGCAACAAAUCGGAGUAUGUUUACCAUUUGUUGUUGGCAACGAAGUGGUGUUCCUCGAAUUUGAUCAAGUGCUUGACUCUGGGUACGUAAGAGUUAUUAGGACUUAUCUUGGUCUCCAAGGUAAUCGAGAUAAUCGUCAGGUGUUGGAAACUUGUUUGAACUUUUUUACACGCUGUUGUUAGCGAUGAACUUGCUCCUCACCUGUUAGCAAGAUAACGGUAACUCUAAGACAAAAUAAUAUACGCUUAGUCGGUUACCAUGGUAAAUUAAUUCAUACGGUGUCGAUUACGGACAGGUGGUAGCUGGGUAUAAAAUGAACUUCCAGUCUGCCGGCACUACAGUAUGCCUUCUCGUUUGAUCGUGGUGCCAUGCACGCUACAUCUAUAAUGAUACGUCAUCUCCCAUGGAGGUCUACGAUACCCAAUUGAUUGUGCGUUGCUCGGUCAUCCUUUCUAUUAUACUCGGAAAUACAAAGAAAGAUUUUGCACAGCAGUGUUCCCAAGGCCGGCUUUGAUGAAUGGGCGUGCACUCUACACUUCUGAAUAAGUUUUGUGUAACUGGCUGGAUUCCUAAGUUGUCCCAUUGUUGUCAUUUCCUUAGAAGACAAUACCUUUUCGGCCAACGCCCAUAAUGAUUAAUGAAGAAUCAUGAACAACGCUUGUUGUGCCUACUAUGUUCGUCGUAUUGGUGUCGACGCACACCAGGUACUAACUUGAAAAGAAAAAUACUCAGGUGCAUGGAGUCGGUUUGUUUUGGUUGAAUAAUGUCUCACGCUCAAGCCCCAACGCGUCAUGGCAGUUUCAUCAUGCGUGCUGAUCUGCCCUUAUCCAAUGAAGUGCUUAGUACGGAAUGAUACAGCAAAUCCAAUUACAGUAUUGAAGAUGACCGUUUUUAAGCUGCCAUCAUGAAAUCUCCUCACGUAGUUGGUAAUUGUGAUUCAGGCUGCACCUCCAGCAGAGUUCGAGAUUCGUAAAACUUCGGUGCAUUCGUUAAAUCGGCACAUGAUGUCAAGUAACUGUCUUAAAAUAAAUGGCGGCUCCAGAAAAUGAAAAUCCCAACAGAGGUAACCUCGCCAGACUAGUGCUGGACACUUCCGAUGCAAUGGCUCCUGCCUCUUGCAAGAAAACCCCUCCAAAACCUGUUCUUCCACUCUGCCGAAUCUGCACGGACGAGGCAUCUGGUAUUCACUAUGGUGUGACAUCAUGCGAAGGCUGCAAAGGGUUCUUUAGGAGAUGUAUAGGUAACAAGACGUUAAUUGUACAGUGUCAAAAAGACGGAGACUGCAACAUUGAUAAGAGUAGCCGAGGGCGAUGUGCGCACUGCCGAUACCAGAAAUGUUUGGCUGUAGGCAUGUCAGUUCAUUCUGUCAGGGUAGGACGAUAUUCCAAGAAACAGAAGGCGAGGAAUCUCCUUGAGAUCCAAAGCCUGUCCACGAAGGAAAAAAUCCAAGAACGAGAGCAGAAAGACAGGGAGAUGUACGCCCUCAUCCAGAAGCUUGUCCAUGCCUACGAAGGGACAUGCUUCACAAACAAUACACAGGCUCAUCUGAAAUUGAAAGAGGCAUCCCUGGACUGUCAGAUGGACACCAGCCAGGAUGACCUAUCCUACCUCGCGGCCCAGGAGUUUGCCCUUUUGGCCCCCCAGCCCUUUGUUGACCCCGCAGCUAUCUAUGCCCAGAUAUGUGCCGUCCGAUCCUUCCUGACCGACAUGAUCACUCCAUCAGUGGUGAAUGUUGUCAAGUUCAGCAAGAACCUUCCGGGCUUUUGUGACCUUUCACAGGGUGACCAGAUGACCCUUCUCAAAGCUGGUUUCUUUGAGAUCUGGCUCAUUCGGACUGCCCCCUUCCUCAAGCUCCUUGACGAGGACACACUCAGCUUUGGCGGGCCCAAGGUCAGCGAAGAGCAUCUCACCUUCCGGCUCUCGCACCUGCAGGGCCUGGGCAAGGAGGAGCACUUCUGGGAGACACUCUUCGAUUUUGUCCGCAACUUCAACGCCCUGGAUUUGAUCAAGGAGGAGCUGGCAAUCUUUACUGCAAUCAUCAUCCUCUGUGGGGAUCGUUAUGGACUUCACGACAGUGCCCGUGUUGAGCAGAUCCAGGGGGAACUGGUGGAGGUCCUCAAGCGCGAAGUCACACGACGCGACUGGAAGAACAAGCAGCUGUUUGCUCGCCUCCUGAUGCAGGUCACGUCGGUCCGCGUCGUCUCGAUGCUGUUCAACAAAUGUGCCAACAACUUCCGUCGCGCCUGGCCCCACAUUGAAAUUCCUGCCCUUCUUGCAGAGAUCCUGGAUUAUGAGUACUAGAAGCUCAACGCCAUCUGCCCCAAAAUUCCCCUUUUUCGUUAAGUUUAUUGUCUCAUUUGUUGUUGUUUUAUGAGAUAUUUUCAUGUGAAUGUGUACGGAGUUCGAAAGUUCUUGAUUACAAUUACGUGUGUGUGUUUUUGAGUGAAAAAAGUAGGUUUUGUGAAUAUUUGAGUAUUUCUGAGAAUGUACAGUAAAGAUGGAGUAAGAAACUUGUGUCCUUGAGAACACAUGUACUUACAACUGACGCAAACCUUUAUGCCUGAUUAUAUUUAUUUCUGAACAUUAAUAAUGAAAUUGAUGUAUUGAAUGAAAUGUGGUAGUCUUCUGUUAAGUUCAUUAUGCAACAGACUUUUGCAGAUGAAUGGAAAACCAACUCUGUCCCUGAGCUUGUGGAUCAGCUCUUCUGAGAGAGACCUAUCGUAUUUAAGAUAUUACUUGGUUUCAACAUCCUUGACGUCAAAUUUUAGAUUUAUUUUGCACUGGAAAACACAACCAUGCACCAUCGCUCAAAUGCACUUAUAUUCGACUGCUAUUCAUUGAAACUAAUUCUUUUUCACACUGCUUGUAUUUUCCUGUCUUUCAUGUUUUUUCAGGAAAGAUGGAUCGCUUUCAUGUUUCCUACAAACCCUCUCGAUUGGCUAAAACCUUGAAUUUCCAUUCCUCAUAUUGUUAUGUGGCAUGCAUACAGUUAGCAACAGUGAACAUUUAAUACUGAGACAUUCCAACAAAUUCAAACUAUAGUUUUAUCAAUGUGAAAAGAUAUUUUCAAAUGUAUUAUGGCAUAAUCCAAAAAGAAAACCUAUUUAGGCAAAAUAUGACCAAGACAUGUACAACAGUGAUACCAGUAACGGUCAUUAUGUGCAUGGCUUGGGUGUAUUUUGUUUUAGUUUGGGGGUUUCCUUUUUCUUAAGGGGGACAUCCUGUCGUAGAUAACACAUGCUUCUGAGACUUUCUGCAAUGAAAUGCUUUAGUUGUUAAAGAUGGACAGUUGUACUGGUAUUUUACCCAGUGAAACUGCUUUAAAAUAGAACCAUAAACUAAUGAGCUAGAUCUCUUGAGCCCUCGGCGAGUUGCGUAGUUUGUCAGUUGCAAUCUUUAUAAACUGUCUUAAUGAUUCCACUUUCCUCAGCAGCACAAAUACCACAAAUAUAACUAUAGCAACAUGGGAAUAGUUCAGUAUAUGGCACAGGUAUUAUAUAGUAUCUUGAAUUUAUGUAUAUUAGCAUCAGAAUAGCUGUUAUGUUCAAAAAAGGUGCAUGGGCGACAGGUCGUUCAUUUAAGUUUUUCUUUGUCUUUAGAGCAGACUGGACCCAAUUAAGGAUUUGUUCCUAGUACUCUUAAUAAGUUUGACAAAACUGUAAUUUAAGUUUUACAAGCAAUGACCAAAGAGACGUAGAUGACUUUUCCACCUUACAUACAUGUACAUGUAUUAACUUUUGUUGGGCAUUUUAUUUUCUAAAAAAUGAAUUACAGUUAUGUUUGAGUACAAAGAAACAAUUAAAUGGUUGAGUACGAUGAAAUAAUCAACACUGGAAAACAUUUUCAUCGAGUUUGACAGAGGUGUAUUGUUAGGGCUCUACAGGAAAGGAUUAAAAUAGGGGAUUCUAUCUGUGAGUUAUAAAGCAAGAUUACUGAUGCAACCUUCUGUAUCUCCAGAACCACUGAGUAUUAAUAGUUGGAAAAUAAGAAUGAUUCCAUUCCCAAAGUGAAGCUCAAGUUGCAUAAGUUUGGUUACUGACAAAUUAGGUGUUGUACAAUUUUUGUUAAAGAGUUUUGUAAUGCAUCAAAGGGCACUGCAUAUGGAACCAGUUUGGUCUUGCUCGCCAGCAUCUGCAUCUUCCACUUUAGCAAUGUUUGUAAAAUUUUGGUUCAUAAACUUAACACUUUCUGUAACACUGGAUGUACAUGCACGGCCUGAGAAACCUCGGUCAUACACACAAAGAUUUUGAAUUAGCAUUGUACCGGGGACGGGAUUGAACAGAAUUCAAAGUCCCAACACUCAGCAAUUUAGGAUGAUUCAAUUUUGUACUAAAAAAAUAUGUUUAAAAAAGGGAAAUGCAGUUUACCAUGAAGUCUAAAAACCAGUUGUGUUUUGCUUCGAGUGGUCCUGCCUUUUGUAAAGCAGUCUUUUGUAGCUUACUUGGACAAACACCAGCCCCGGAUUGUUAAUGGGGACUUUCCAAAUCCAUAUUGGGUAACUAAUAUUUUUGGAAAUAGUUUUCCGGUGAUAAAUGAUGUCGGGUAUGGAUGGAUUUUUGAUAACACAGUAACAAUUUCCCCUUUUCAGGGACUGGUCUUUUUUUCUUUAUUUUUUGGAAAGACCGAUUUCGAAAACACACAAGCAAAGAAAGUACUGUAAUCACUAUUUAAGUCAUGACGACUAAUCCUAUGCGUUAUUUGCACAUUACUGAAAAAGCAUACCUUGGUCUUUGCCAAUGAAUUGCUAAAAUUGGGGGCAUGUGACAAGCGGUCACCAAAGUAUUAUAUAUGUGACCAGAUGAGAUGUCUGUUGCUGUAUUUGGGAAGAUAGUUACCAACACAAAUGUAAUCUCUUUGAGUUCAACGUAUCUGGCAAAAAUGUUAACCGACAAUUAGUUCAAAUACAAAUUUUGACAGAUGUUCUCAUAAAAGCUAUAUUUUGAUUUAUGAUUCAACAAAAUCACUUGCCUUAAGUACUGUACAGCACUUUAACAAAUUACUAAUACAGAAUAUGACUUUAAAAAGUAAUAUAUUUUUUUCCAGGAAUAAUUUUUGUUAAGCGUUGAUAAGAUGGAAAACUUGCGUAGAAUGUUUCUAUAGAGGUCAUGACUUCUCAUCUGCUGGUCAGAGAGAAUUGUAGCAUUUUAGUUUCAUUUACAUUUCAUUUUUUUUGUCACUUAUGAUUCAAUUAUGUAGAUAUACAAUGAAACAACAUGCACUUUGAUUUGAUGAGAGAUUCAUCUGUGUGGUCUAAUUUUACUUUUUAUUUGUGAGUGAAUAAAUUUAUAAUUAUAUUGUAAGUUUGUUUUCCAGCA